GUUCACGAGGUACAGAUUUACAGCACAAUUGAAACUUCCCAUCAGAACUGGAAUGGAAAAUGUGAUAAAAAUCCGGGCCAUACCGGUUAUGUCCCGGUGAAAGAUUUCAAGCUCCAGCAUCUGCCGGGCAGGUACCGAGACAAGGAUAUCUUUGAACUUAUUCACACACUCUCCCAACUUACCGUAAAGAUCAGCGCCAACCGGGUCAGCGCGUGCCGUCCCGAAAAUUACCUGGGAGACUCAAUCCCCUACCCGUUCCACAAGAAGGGGGAGAUGCCUCGAAGUGGCACGGGCAGAAUCUGUCGUGUUAGCAAGCAUGAAAAUGUCCCCAAGGAACCGUGUCCUUGUAAGUUGUGCAAAGACACCAGUUCACCGGAAGUUUCAUGGGGAGAGAUAUUUGUGGUCACUGCGACACACGUCAUCUAUGACCAGGAUGAGACAGCGGAUGCAUCGUGUCUCCUAAACUACGAUAGCCAAGACGAAAAGGGCUCUAGGCUGGACGACGCUAACUUCAUAGAGUCGGAAAUAACCGACGACAAAUGCUGGUUGCGGUUUUUCACACACGAUUUGCAGUUAACAGAUGAAAUCGUUGCAAAAGUCUGUCGUUACGACCAACUGUGUGAAGUUUUACAUGCUAAAUAUAAAAAAGAGGAUACGACACUGCAGGGCGAAAACAGAUUUGCCGUGAUCGUGUCCCAUCCUCACGGAUCUUAUAAAAUGGUGAGCGUUGGGCAGUGGACACAGAGGGAGCUGAUGGACAAGUAUCACACUCAGUACGUGUACAACGCAAUGACAUGUCCUGGUACAAGCGGAGCUACAGUGUACACGCUAAGCAUGCCAGGUUGGUUCUACGUGCACACACACAGUGGCGCCAAACCAGACGGUGGAUUUAGUGGAUAUGGAUUCGAACAUUAAUCCUAUCACUGUUAUAGCCACCGGCGAGAAGAAAUCUGUUUAAGGCGAGCAGAUGUUAAAACUAAGAAAGGACCACAUCCGGAACCAGGAAAGAAGACAAAUGGUUGGUGCCAAACCCAAUCAGCCAGCAAUGGCCGAACAACAAAUUUAUUGGUUUGGCCAUCUGGUGAGAGUGUCAGUCGACCAACCUGCAUUGCAAGCGUACAAUAGCAGGCAUCCUGGUGUCAGGGCCAGAUGAAGACUGAAUUAAGGAAUUAAAAUCCACAACAGGAACCUCCAGCAGGCCUCACACCUUGCGGCAUUCCAUCAACUAUACCUCACUGUGAAACACGCCCCCCCCCCUUUUUUUUUUCUUUUAACCCCGUAAAAUUAGACAGAACAAGAAUAUAUGCACUUAUUUGAAAAGGUAUCUUGUGAUUGUUAAGGAAUGAUAAAUGGGAGAUCAUGGCUCGCCUUCCUAUCUUACGUGUAGAUCCAACCAAGACUUUUUAGUUAAAACUCGCACAGCGCUCUCAUGCAGCGUCUGAAGUCACCCCUUCUAACGCCGGAUGGUCGUUCGUGUCAGACUGUUGUGGGGUAGCUAGGGUUAGUGCAGCGUGGGGGUCGGGUCAAGACUUUAGCCUUCCCCCACCCCCAACGAAAAAAACAACUCUACUGUUUGCCAAAAAUGCGGCCCCUUUCCUAUAAAGAAGAAAGUGCCGCCCAGGACGAACCGCCCCCCCCCCUCAACCCCCUUCCGACGCCACUGUGUCAGAGUACAGCUCGAUCACAUUCUGGCUGGGGGAGGGGGAGAAAAAGAGACCUACAAAAGACACGUUUUAAUGCGGUACUUUUUAUGCUGGGGUUUUAAGUUGUUAUCUUGCCAGCAUUCCUGGAAAUGGGUCAAUUUAAACAUUUGUUCCGUAUGCAACAAAACUAGUGGUGAAGAUUUUAAAUGAAGAUCUGUUUCUCCUUUUAUUAAAUAAAUUCAAUUGAUAAAUGGAACAACUUAUAAACUUGGGUUACCCUGUACACCAAUUAAUCGGGAAAGUUCAUAAUUAAAAAAUAAUAAAUUAUUUUAAUCGUAAUUGUAUGUGGGGAGUUUCCCAAGUCAUUGCUUGUUUUUUCUUUUCUUUGUGGGACGUUAUCAGUGUUUACACGAUAACACGGCGAACACCAAGUGGCCUACAUUGGCAUACGAGCUUCCGCUUGUGGCUUGUUACAGUUGCUAUUCAAUUUGCAAACAGUGUUUUCCGGUCCAGGCGCAGGCACGGUUAAAAUCUUCUAUUUCUUGACCCCGUUAUUUUCAGUCACACUUACUACUCAUGUAACGUAACCUACAGCUCUAUACUGCUACACAUAAAGAUAAAUUAUAAGACAUUUUAAUGAAUUACCGUAACGAAGUGGCUAUUCGUACCCGGGUACCAGAAGUGAGAGGCUGAGAUUAAAAAAAAACUAUUUAAAAUAUUAUUUAUUAUUGUUGGGUUUGUAAGACAAAAUGGGGAAUCAGAUGAAAGAUAAUUGAAUGGACUAUACGUUUGUUAAGUUAAUGCUUCAGUUAAACUAAAAUAAACUACCACAAAUG